UUCCUGUAUGACCAGAUGGUGCAAUAACAGUUUUGAAGACGUUGGAGGCUAUUUUAACCAGAAAUCGCGUCAGCAGCUGAUUCACUCUUCUUUGAGGUGAUGUACCAUCGCUGGCCAAUGGCCACGUCCACAUCUGCGAGCCCAGAGCGCAGCGGCACCAAAGUUUGUGCGUAAAGGAGGCGGCGCGGCGCGGGGCGCCAUGACUCACACUCACGGUCACCUCCUCUGAGAAAUACUCAUGUCCCGAGGACCCUUCCGCUCAAAUGUGCGUGUGGAAACACAGAACUGCACUUGACUCGCUGAACUAGAGCUCUGCCGUUUCCACAGCGAUGACAGGAGAGAUUGAAGCGACGAACCGGAGACGCGCCGCGCGUCCAUCUACCCAAACACCUCCGGAUCGAGCUCUCGCGUUCACUGACACGCUGCUGAGGGUUCAUCAGUCUUCAAACCAAACCAGCAUGGCUGCUUUACGACCAGAUCUCUCCUGAUUGAAGUCGUUCGCCUAAAAAUUGUGUGACGCACUGAGAACUGCUCUUCAGCCAAAAAUAUCUCCUCAGCAUAUGCCAAAGUGCUUUUAGCUUUGUCCUUGUUAUCCGCUUUGCAACCUCAGCCAACGUCAGCCAACGCCAUGCAGACUUUCAAUGCGAAUCCGAUUCUGAAGUGACCGUCAGCACCAUGUGGACUGUUUCCAACCGCUGCAGAUGCGCGCAAAAAGACGGGAAGCUCUUGUUUUACAAAGUCCACGAACACAUUAACAGUGCUUAAUGAAUGUGCAAAGAGAGAUGGAGAACGUUUUGACACCUUCGCACGUCGAUGCAUUGAUGCAUAUCUAAAACGGAUCGCUCAUGCAUCAAACCUAAUGCCUGGAAACUACAGACAAACCUCUUCUGUAACUUAAUAGAUCACACCAAUUGCAACAACGGCAUUUGUGUCAUUCUCAUUGUUCUGUAUGAUGUUGCAGCUGCACAUGGUUAUGAACAUGUCAAAACAACCCUUGAAUUUAUGACUUUAUGACAAAAGAAUCUGACGUUCUCCACAGCAUAAUAUGUUUAGUUCCUCUUGUUUAUUCCUUCACCCACAGCUAUUUUCCACGAACAUACAUCACUAAAAGCUCAUCUAGGAGAAAUGAGAAAUGAGACACAACAGGUUAAAUUUCAUCACAUUCAUCAUCCCUCAUUGCAAUGCUGCAAAUGCCCCAAUGUUCUUGUACCACGGCCAAUGCAAUAGUGCCGUUUUCAUUGUUUUCUUGGAGAGAUUCCAAUAUUAUGGUGCAAAUCUAACUGACGCCCCAAAAUCAGACCUUUAUUAAAUGCCUGGACAUCUUGAACAGAUGAUUCCCCUCAAAGACAACAUGACCCCAGAGUCAUUCCACGAAAACUGUAGCAACUGCAGCCAGGUUCUCGUCCCGGAGCUGAACGUCACGAAGGCUGUUGUUCUGGGAAUGGUGUUGGCAAUCUUCAUCAUUUUUGGCGUUCUGGGCAACAUCCUGGUCAUCCUCUCAGUGGCUUGUCAUCGUAAUCUACGCACAGUUACACAUUACUUCAUUGUGAACUUGGCGGUUGCGGAUCUUUUGCUGAGCUCUACGGUUCUUCCAUUUUCUACGGUCUUUGAAAUGUUGGGUCGUUGGAUUUUCGGACGCCCGUUUUGUGACGUUUGGGCGGCAAUGGACGUCUUGUGCUGUACUGCGUCAAUCAUGAGCUUAUGUGUGAUUUCGGUGGACCGAUAUAUCGGCGUUAGUUAUCCUCUGCAAUACCCGUCCAUCGUAACGGAGCGACGGGCAUUGCUUGCACUCAUUGUUUUGUGGGCUCUGUCCAUUACCAUCUCAAUCGGACCUCUUUUUGGAUGGAAGGAACCAGCACCGAAGGACGAAUCCAUAUGCAAGAUAACCGAAGAACCCGGCUAUGCCAUUUUCUCUGCGUUAGGGUCCUUCUAUCUCCCUCUAGUGGUGAUUCUGUCGAUGUAUUGCCGCGUGUACGUGGUCGCGAGGAGGGAGACCCGAGGUCUGAUUAGCGGACAGAAAACGGAAAAGUCCGAUCACACCACCGAGGCUGUAACUUUGCGGAUACACCGUGGGAACACGACGGUGUCCGAAGACGAGGCCUUGCGCAACCGGACACACUUCGCAUUGCGUCUGCUCAAGUUCUCCCGAGAGAAGAAGGCCGCUAAGACCCUGGGCAUCGUGGUUGGAUGCUUUGUCCUUUGUUGGCUUCCGUUUUUCCUGGUUCUUCCGAUCGGUUCCAUCUUCCCGACAUACAGACCCUCGGACACCGUCUUCAAGAUCACGUUUUGGCUGGGCUACUUCAACAUGUGUUCCAUCUUCCCGACAUACAGACCCUCGGACACCGUCUUCAAGAUCACGUUUUGGCUGGGCUACUUCAACAGCUGUAUCAACCCCAUCAUCUACCCCUGCUCCAGUCAUGAGUUUAAGAAAGCCUUCCUGAGCGUGUUGGGCGCCCGCUGCCUCCGCAAGAGAUCCACGCCGUCCCACGCGCUCUACCAGAGCCACAGUCCCCGGCACGGCCAGUCUCAGAUCCUCGGCCUGACGAGCCGCGACAACCCAUCCCGCCUGAGCCCGUCCUCCUCCAUCGCUCUCUCCCGCAGCCCGUCCUCCCAGCACGGCCGGGAAUGGCAGGCCCCUUCCCGGACGUCGUCGGCAGGGACGACUGGUGUCAGCGCCGGUGUGAGCGUGGGAGCCAAAGUGGCGGGAAUGUGUGGUAAGAACCUGCUGAGGACGUGCUGCUGCGUGAGAAAAGAUUCGCCACAGCCCGAGCUGCCCACGCACAACUCGCUUCCCGUCAUCAAAAUCCAUCAGCUCUCGCUGUGUGAGGACGGGGACGCGGUGUGA